CUAAAACUUUGUUUUGGUUUGAAAUUUGACGUGGUUAUUGUUUACAUUUAGAAAAUUGCUGAAAAUUUAUUUCUUUAUUUGCCAUUUUGUGAUGAAUAUUCCAAAAGAAUGGAUUGACUGCCCAAAAAAAUCGUACCUAAUCGGGAAGAAAUUUGUUGCCUUCAAAACUCCUCUAGACCACAAAUUCGAACGAAAAUUAAAGAAAAUUGACAUUUUUACUCCCGACGAUGUGUUUGAAUGGCUUGCCAGAUCCAAAUUACAACUCGGCUUAUGGAUCGAUUUGACAAAAACCACACGCUAUUUUGACGGAGUCGAGGUACAAAAACGUGGAUGUCAGUAUGCAAAAAUCAUGUGCGAAGGUCACGGAAGUGCUCCAACGCCGAAACAAGUGCAGGAAUUCACGGAUGUGAUUGACAAAUUCAUCGCCGAGAAUCCGGAAAAAAUAAUCGGCGUGCAUUGUACUCACGGAUACAACCGAACGGGCUUCCUAAUUGUUACUUACAUGGUAACACGAUUGCAAUAUCAAGUCGAUGACGCGUUAAAGGCAUUUUCGAGCGGAAGACCUCCCGGGAUUUACAGAGAACAGUACGUGAAUGAUCUCGUGAGACGAUACGGGGGAGAUUUGACGAAACAUUUUAUCGUGAAACCGAUUUGGGUGAAAAAAUCUGAGAAUGAAACGAAGCCAAUGGCAAUUUCUGAGCCGGAAAAACGAAGCGAAAUUCCUCGAUUGGAAUAUCAACAAAGAUCUUUUACUCAAAGACACACCGAAUUAGGUCCCGAUGAGAGACGAAAGCUUGCGGCACGAAGAAGAUGGAAAGAAUUUGACAGAAAACGACGAGAAAAGCGACGAGAUUUAAGAGACAACGAAAGAUUUCCAAGAAAUAACGACAGAUAUCAUCCAAGAGAACGAAGUUACAGAUCGCCAGAUAGAAAUCGACGACGUUCAAAUGAAAGAAAUUAUCGACAUUAUUCUAAAGAAAAUUCGUCAUAUCGAAGUUAACAAAAAAAAAAUUGUUGAAAAUUUUUGCUUACAUUUUUUAAGUGUAAGGACACUCCAAAUUUAUUUUUCAAAAUUUCGUCAAAAAAAUUUUUUUUUCAAAAAUAUUUAAAAAUUU